GGAAGGAAGGAAGGAGGGGAGCCGAGGAAACAUCUGGCUGCCGCAGCCCGGGCCCGUCUGUGCCGCCGCCGCCGCCGCCGUGCGUGCUCUUGCGCUGCGUGCGCCGGGCUCCCCGCCCCUCCCUCCUCCUUCCCGCUCUGCCGGCCCGGGAUCCUCCGGGGCGCUGCUGCUGCUAUGGGGAGCCACUGAGGCAGCGCGGGGGCCGCUUCGCUCCCACCUUCCCCCCCGCCUUCUUCCUCCCCCCGCCCCGCUCUCGCUGCCCCGCGGGGCGGCCCCUCACUCUCUCGCUGCCUCGGAGGCGGGGAGCGGGCGGGACGCCGGCGGGGGGCGCGGGGAGCCCGGAGCGGCGGAGGGGGGCAACAGCGGCGGCGGCGGCCGGAGGAGGAAGAAGAGGAGGAGGAAGAGGAAGCGGCGGCGGCUCAGGGAGACUUGGGGGCCGCUCCAGAGUACCUGGAGCCAGCAAGACUCGGACAAAAGGACUUAAUCAGGUUUAUGUGUGCUAAAGGUUAUGAAGACAGCAUGGAGUUUCCUGACCAUAGUAGGCAUUUACUACAGUGUCUGAGUGAGCAGAGACAUCAGGGUUUUCUUUGUGACUGCACUGUUCUGGUAGGAGAUGCCCAAUUCCGAGCACACAGAGCUGUACUGGCUUCGUGCAGCAUGUAUUUCCACCUAUUUUACAAGGACCAGCUGGACAAAAGGGACAUUGUUCAUCUGAACAGCGACAUUGUUACAGCCCCAGCUUUCGCUCUCUUGCUUGAAUUCAUGUAUGAAGGGAAACUCCAGUUCAAAGACUUGCCCAUUGAAGAUGUGCUAGCAGCUGCCAGUUAUCUCCACAUGUAUGACAUUGUCAAAGUCUGCAAAAAGAAGCUAAAAGAAAAAGCCACCACGGAGGCAGACAGUACGAAAAAGGAAGAAGAUGCCUCAAGUUGUUCAGACAAAGUGGAGAGCCUCUCUGAUGGCAGUAGCCACAUGGCAGGAGAUAUACCCAGUGACGAAGAUGAAGGAGAAGAUGAGAAAUUGAGCAUCCUGCCUAGCAAAAGAGACUUGGCGGUUGAGCCUGGGAACAUGUGGAUGAGAUUGCCCUCGGACUCGGCAGGCAUUCCCCAGAGUGGCGGAGAGGCAGAGACACACGCAACAGCAGCUGGAAAAACAGUAGCCAGCCCCUGCAGCUCAACAGAGUCUUUGUCCCAGAGGUCUGUCACCUCCAUGAGGGAUUCGGCAGAUGUUGACUGUGUCCUGGACUUGUCUGUCAAGUCCAGCCUUUCCGGAGUUGAGAAUUUGAACAGUUCUUAUUUCUCUUCGCAGGACAUGAUGAGAAACAACCUGGUGCAGGUGAAGGUGGAGAAAGAGGCUUCCUGUGAUGAGAGUGAUGUUGGCACUAAUGACUAUGACAUGGAACAUAGCACUGUGAAAGAAAGUGUGAGCACUAAUAACAGGGUACCGUAUGAGCCAGCCCACCUGGCUCCUAUGAGGGAAGAUUCUGUUCUGAGAGAGCUAGAUAGAGAGGACAAAGCAAGUGAUGAUGAAAUGAUAACUCCAGAGAAUGAGAGAGUUCAGGUGGAAGGGAAUAUGGACAGCAGUCUGCUCCCUUAUGUCUCCAACAUACUUAACCCUGCAGGCCAAAUUUUCAUGUGCCCCCUCUGCAACAAGGUCUUUCCCAGCCCCCACAUCCUGCAGAUUCACUUAAGUACGCACUUUCGAGAGCAGGACGGGAUCCGCAGCAAGCCUGCCACUGAUGUCAAUGUCCCGACCUGCUCCUUGUGUGGUAAGACUUUUUCUUGCAUGUACACCUUGAAACGUCACGAGAGGACUCAUUCAGGCGAAAAGCCGUACACUUGCACCCAGUGUGGAAAGAGCUUCCAGUACUCCCACAAUCUGAGCCGCCACGCCGUAGUUCACACACGGGAGAAGCCACACGCAUGCAAGUGGUGUGAACGCAGGUUCACACAGUCCGGAGACCUUUACAGACAUAUUCGCAAGUUUCACUGUGAGUUGGUGAACUCAUUGUCUGUCAAAAGUGAAGCACUGAGCUUACCUACUGUCAGAGACUGGACAUUAGAAGAUAGCUCGCAAGAACUUUGGAAAUAGAAUUUUUAUAUAUAUAAUUAAUAUAUAUAUAUAUAAAUCUAUAUAGUUGUGGUACAGUCUAAAAGCAGUCUUGUUUCCUUGAACUGAAAGUUUGGCCAUUAGCUUGUUUUAUGCACUUUAAGACGGCAUGAACAUUUCAUUACUUAGUGCUCUGAUAAUAUGAACUAUAGAAAUGAGACUAAUAGACUUCAUAAAUGUUUCCCCAUCAAGUACUUCUUUUAAACAAAACUGCAAAUGAAAAUAAUGUGAUUUUUUUUUAAAGGUUCUAUUUAACCUUCCAUGCAACACUGCAUCAUUUCAAACUCCAUUUAAAACAAAAAGCGAACAGAAAUCCCCUCCAGUGUUUUAUCAAUUUGUUUAAAUUUUUUAAAAAAACUGCAUGCAUCUUUUCUAGCUGUGGGAAACCUGAAUGCUUUUAGACCCAAAUGAUAAAUUUCCGAAAUGCUGGAGUAUCUAUUUUUAAACAAGCAGUUGAGAUAUUGUAAUUUGUGGAUUACAACAGUUCCCAAUUUAAAAAACAAAAACCACCAGAUUUUUGAAAAUACACUGGAAUUGCUGGGACUGUGUGAAGGUUUGCUUGGGAUAAAAAAGGACAUUGCAGCUUCAGCAGUUGCGAACUGUGCAUUUAAAAAUGUGAAUUACUGUUGUAUACUGUAAUUGAUUAAAUGGGCUGGGGGGUGUCAAGGAAAUUGACAAGUUGUAUUAAUGCUCUCAGUUGAGUCUUGAAAAGUAAAUAUUAACGCUACGGAAAUGCAUGCGUUUCAGUAUAUUUUUGUCUUUGUUUGCAUUGUAUAACUUUAAUGAGUGAGUUUUAAAACUUAUUUAAUUUUUUGUAGGAAAAAAAAACACCACUGGAAAAAUUGGUGUUAAUGAAGAACAUAAAUGCACUGUUUUUUAUUUUAUAUAAUUUAAAUUAAUUGCCCACUGUCUUUAAGUUGAACAAAAGCUACAUGUUGAUUUUAGCUAUGUAAAGGAAGAUAGUAAUGUUUACAAACAAGCUUAGAGAUUUGCAUGUGCAGUGUACAUUUAUCAAAAAAUCUGAUUGCACAAAACUCAUGCCAGCUCUAACUUUAGAUGCAUACAUUACCCAUAUGAGCAUUUUUAGAAUUCCUGCUGCACAAAUUAACAAUAGGUCAUUCAUUUUUCGCCCCUUGAAAAGAUUCUAUGGAGUGAAAAAGCCCCAGGCUGAAAGGACUAGAAAACCUUGAUUGACAUGGGGUGGAAUAGGGUGGGGUGGGGGAACGGCAGGAGAAAAGUUGGGGGAGGGUUUGUGAACUGUGUAUCCAAGCAGCAAAGUCUGCAGCCUGAUGUGUGGUUUUAAUGAUCAACACACGGGGCAAAAGCAUUUUGCACAGUGUUUGUUUUCCUGUCUUGCACUUACAAAUAAGGUCUAUGGGAGUAGCAUGGAAAAUUGUUUUUUCUUCUUUCUGCUUUUGUUUAGAAUUUGAUCGCCUUAACUACUGUAAACAUAGCCUAUUUUUGUGCUUAAGAAAAACUGAAUGGAAAACUCCAUUGUGUAUUGCUGGACUGUUUUGGAAAUAUUUUGGUCAAAUGUAUGUUAAUUUGGCUGUAAUGGCAUUUAAAACAAAAAAAAAGCUGUGAAAAUGGCCUUGGAGCAUUAUUUUUAGUUACUUGAAUAGUUAGGUUUUAAAAAUACAUUCUUUUUAUUAAUUUAGAAAAGACAAUCAGUGUCUGAGAAAAAUGGACUACUUUUGGAUUUUUUUUGUGGACGUGAGUGAUUGUUUUUUCGGGGGGGGGGUUGGCUUUUAGUUUCACAUUCUUCUUUGGUUCUAAAAAUUAGACUGACAUCUAGCUUUGACAAUCAUAGUAUGUUUUAUUUUCCUGAGGGGGAGGGGGAAUAACUUAUAAUGCUGUUUAGUUUUGUACUAUUGGUGUGUUGGUGAAUUUUUAAACUGUGUGCUAACUGCAAUAAAUUAUACAUACUGAGAAAUCAAUUAGUUGUCUUCGCCCCUUUUUAAACACUGAAACUCUAGGCGAUUUUCUAUAAUGUACUAUAUGUCACCUUUUUGUCCUGAUUCCUCUUGGUGACUGAUUUUAAAAGUAUGACUUAUUUCACAAUCUGUAACAAAAAUGAUUUACGACAGGCAAAUGUAACAUUUUAAAAUGCAGCAUUAAAAAAAAUUCUCUGUUCUACAAAGAGAAAGAAUAGUUACUUUGCUAUUCAAUAAGUAAGACUGUUCUACGUUUACAAAGGUGUUACAACUCUAAAAUCUGUCAAAACUUAUUUAUGUUACAUAUGUGGACAAUGCGAAUUGGGAUGGGUAAGAGAGGAAAAGUAGCAAUUUGAUGAAAUGAUUAGUUAACAGCUGGAACCCACAAAACUGAAAUAGUGGCUGUCCCAAAUAGUUUGCAUUCAAGUUACCUGAAAUUGCCCAAAGCACUUUUCAUUAUAUAAGAAUAAAGAGCCUGUCUCUCAAAUUCAUCAGUGAAUUUAUUAUAUUUUGGUAGACAAGAUUUCCUAAAAAUGUCUAGCCAAACCAUUGAAAUGGAACUCCUUUACUAAUUGUGUGGUGCAAAAGAUGUCUCCUCUUUAUAGAAGAGGCUGGGGUUAUGAUCCUAAUCAGGAUCUAGCUACUUUUGAAGCAUAUACUAUGGCUCACAAAAAAAUAUUGAGAGAGUAUUAUGUACUAAAGGAAAGCUGUACUGUAUUGCCAUUUAGUUAGGUACAAUUUUCACAGUACUUGGUGCACUUCACAGUUUUUCAAACAAUUGUUGUAUGUAACCUCAACAUUUAGAACUUUAAAAAAAGAAAUUUUGUUACAUUAAUUUAUUUAAAUCUUGCCCUUAUUUUAAAAAAUGCUGUUUUCUCAUAGUAGUCUAUAACAACACUUGGUUUAGACUUAAUUUUUGUGAAUUCUAAGAUCACUUAUGGACGGUAAAAUUCAGAUUGCAACUCUAAAUGUAAUAUGCAAAGUCUAAAGAGGCUUGUUUCUCCAAGAUGAGAAUUUUCAAAUAACAUGGAGGAAAUCUGAGAUAAAGAAGCGUCUCUAUGAAGGAAUUUAGCAUCCACUUGUGGACAUAGUGCCAAUUUCUCCAAACUAGCCUCCUCUUCCACCCAAAGCUCUUGAAAGUCUGAAAGAAGUUGUGCUUAAACUAAAGUUCCGCAAUGCUUCAUUUAAAGUGUGUUUGGGAAAUGAACUGAACAGGUACUUGUAAUCUAAGAGCAAAUGCUCAGGCUCACUUCUGUAUAUGUGAAGAGUGCGUAUUAAUGCCACAGAUAAGCUGUUUUAAUUUCCUAGUCAUUUGUUUUUCCAUAUGAAAAUAAAACAGUCCUUCCAUGGGCUAUGCCACUAUCUUAAGUGUUUGUGAUGCUGUAGCUUGUAAUAACAUUGUGUGGCACAAUCCUCCUGGGGUGCGGAAUGGUAGUAAAACACCUGGGUAUAAACAGGAACAAAGCUUUUCUAUCACCCUUGUCAGCAGAGCUGGCAUUUGUAGGUCAGC